AUAGAACGCCGUUCUUAUUUAUAUAUGUAUGUUUAAUUAUAUAAUAAAUAAUAUAUUAUUGAAAUAUUUUAAUAUUCAAUUACACGUAAAAAGUCAGUACCAUUGUUUUAUUGUUCAAGUCAAGACGGCUUACAAGGCGUUAGAUCUUACUAACAUACCACCAUGCCCGAGGUACGCGUCGAUGAGGUGCGGAGAUUUAUGGAGGACAGCUUGAGGGCUGUUGGUGCACCCGACUCUGAGGCGAAGGCACAUGCUGCACUCCUGCUGCACGCUGAUAUCACGGGUCAUUUUAGCCAUGGAUUAAACAGAUUAGCAUUUUACGUAAACGACAUAUCAACAGGGGCUACAAAUGCUCACGCCAAACCAGUUAUACUCAAGGAAUCAGCAGCCACGGCUUGGGUGGACGGCGCCGACGCACUAGGCUCUACAGUGGGCAACUUCUGUAUGGAUAUAGCAAUUAAGAAAGCAAAAGAGUGUGGUGUCGGAUGGGUGGUAGCGAAACGAAGUAACCACUUUGGCAUGGCCGGUUGGUGGGCAUUGAAGGCGGAGCGUGAGGGUUUAAUUGGAUUGGCAUGGACAAACUCUUCACCCGUUUCGGUGCCAACGAGAUCGAAAAAGGGUACUUUAGGAACCAACCCUGUAGCAAUGUUCGCGCCGGCCACCGGUGGAGAUUACAUAGGAGUGGAUAUGGCAAGCACUACAGUUGCUAUGGGAAAGAUAGAAAUGCAGAUACACAAAAAAGAACCAUUACCAGAGGGUUGGGCUUUAGGUACAGAUGGAAAAGUGACCACAGAUGCUCACGAUGCAUUCAAGGCUGCUAGUCUACUUCCACUGGGGGGACUAGAAAGCACUGGUGGUUACAAGGGAUAUGGUCUCACCGCCAUCGGAGAAGUAUUCUGUAGUGGUUUAUCUGGCUCGAGGAGUAGUCAUCAGGUUCCAAAAUGGUCUGUCACUAAACAAGGCGAGCCCAUGAACUUGGGUCAAUGCUACGCCGCCAUCGAUCCUAGUUAUUUCGCUCCAGGAUUCGGCGAGCGGAUUGCGGACUGCUUGAGAACAUGGAGAAACUUGGAACCGGUGGAUCCACAGUUACCUGUGCUAGCACCAGGUGACAAGGAGCGCAUAAAUACUGAGCAGACUACAAAACGAGGAACAAUCAUCUAUCCUGAAGCACAGAUAGAAUCUUGCAAUUCAAUGGCCCAGAAGAUGCCUGACGUUCGUAUAGAAGAUGUGCAAAGGUUUAUGGAGGACAGUUUUCGUGCUGUAGGCACACCAGCAUCUGAAGCGAAAGCACAGGCAGCGCUCCUCCUUCAUGCUGACUUGACUUGCCACUUCAGUCAUGGCCUCAACAGAUUGGAGCUGUAUAUAAAUGAUAUCAAAACUGGAAUGGCGGAUCCUAAGGCGAAACCAAUUAUUUUGAAGGAAAGUGCAGCGACCGCAUGGGUGGAUGGACGUAACUCACUCGGGGCGACAGUUGGCACUUUCUGUAUGGAGGUAGCUAUCAGGAAAGCUAAGGAGUCUGGAGUUGGUUGGGUUUCAGCCAAAGGAUGCAAUCAUUUCGGAAUGGCUGGUUACUGGGCGCAAAUGGCCCAGCGCGAGGGUCUAAUCGGACUGGCUUGGACAAAUUCAUCUCCCGUUAUGGUGCCUACAAGAUCUAAGCAACGUUGCAUGGGUACCAACCCAAUAGCAUUGUUCGCCCCGGCUGCGGACGGGGACUACCUUGGAGUUGACAUGUCCAGUACUGCAGUGGCGAUGGGAAAGGUAGAAAUGCAAAUUCACAAGAACGAACCUAUUCCUGAAGGAUGGGCCUUAGGACCCGAUGGUGAAGUGACUACUGAUGCGGAAUUGGCACUGAAAACUGGCAAUCUUUUACCGUUGGGCGGCUGUGAAAGUACGGGUGGAUAUAAGGGCUACGGCUUGAGUGCUAUAGGAGAGGUCUUCUGCAGUGGUCUAUCUGGAUCUAAUCCCACUCACAAAGUAGCCAGAUGGACUUUCAGCAACGGUACUAUCAACAGUCCCAGGAAUUUGGGUCAAUGCUUCGCGGCCAUCAACCCUGAGUACUUUGCACCUGGUUUUGCAGAACGCCUUUCCGUUUGCCUGACCACUUGGAGGGGCUUAGAACCAGUGGAUCCAUCACUACCCGUGCUGGUUCAUGGUGAUAAGGAGCGCACCAACAUUGAACAAACUAGGAGACGCGGCACCAUCAAUUACCCACAGAAACAGAUCGACACAACUAAUGCAUUAGCUAAUAGAAUAGGCGUUAAGCCACUACAAGUUCUCUGAGUGUAACUAAAUCCAAAUAUACAACAUACGAAAUGA